AUGGUGAAGAAGAAAAGCAAGAGCAGGAAACCGGUGGAGACCGUUGCUCCACCUGACAACGUGCCAACGAAUACUGCCGAACCAUUUCUAGAUGCGCCUGAAGUUCCAUUGACAGCAGAGCUAUCAGCCACAGAAGCAGCGUCCGGGGAGCAGUCAAUGCCAACCGCUUCCGAAGUGGAGACAGACGAGGGUACGGUUCCCACGCCGGUGGACGUGUCCACACCUGCACCCUCACAACACUCUGAGAGCAUACAGACUAUUCCCGACGAGGCCACAGAGCCACAGGCCAUCGAGACCAUACCUGCUGCAGACCUGGAGCCGCCAAUGGAAGAAGAGCGGGAAUCUGGAUCGCAAGCGGACCCUACCGAAGCCACGGUCUUAGCGACUGCCGCACAAAGCGCUGAAGAUAUGCAGCAUACUACAGUGGAGGAAGAAGAGUUACCAUCAAUCGAACCAGGAGAAGCGAAUGAUCCAGAACCCACUGUGGAGCAAGAGGAUGCGUCAGAAGAACAACAAAUUACAAUCCAAGGGUACACAUAUCAACCAGCGCUCCUCCCCAUCCAAGAAUCUGUUCAGCAUACAGCUGAAGACGAAACGCCGGUUGAAGUCACAGAACCUCUACAAGAAUCUGCAACCGAGCCAGCGCCUGAAGCAGAAGCAGAACCUUCCGUACAGACUGCACCUACCACUGCAGAAGAAGCCGUCGAGUCGGCAGAACCAAUGGAGGGUACUCUCAGUGGAGAGGAAGUUGAGCUAGACCCAAUAGAUAUACUCCAACUACCCGACGCUCCUGAAGCUCCCGAAGCACCUGAAGCACCUGAAGCACCUGAGGCGCCCGAAGCACCUGAAGUACCUCAAGUACUUGAAGCUCCUGAGGCUCAAUCAGAAGAGUCAGCUGACAUAGUCGAGGAUGCCACCGAAAUUGUAACAGAAGAAGAUCCAGUGGUGUUUGCACAAGAACUCGAGACCUAUCCAGCAGCACCCGAACAGCCGGUAGGUACCGAACCACAAGAUGUACCCAUCGAUGAAAUAUCAGUGCUAGAAGCCCCGGAGAGGCCGGGUGUUGAGAGAUUCGAGACUGCGCAGGAGGGGUUGGUAACACUUGCCGCUGAGCCGGAGGUGGAGCCUGAAUCUAUACCUGAAGUUCUUUCUGUCGAGGCUGCCACGAAACCAUCAUACGAAUUUGCUGCGCCCGCAGACGAAGAAGCACCAGUGCAAGAACAGGUGCAACUUGAGGAAGAAGCAACGACCACUGCGGAAGCCCAAGAAGCUGCUGAGCAUGUGCAGGCUAUUCAAGCUCAAGAAGAUGCGCCGCAUAAAGAGCUGGACAGGCUGGAGCAAGAAGCUCUCGAGCACGAGCGGCUGGCGAAAGAAGCACUAGAGCAAGAGAUGUCACAUAAGGAAGCCGAAGCCAGCAGAUCAUUAGAGAAUCAACGUGCAAGAGAGGCCCAAGAAGAGAUGGAAGCUGCCGAAGCCGUCAAACGAGCUGUAGAAGAAAUGAGGGUCAAGAAAGAAGAGCAACAACGAGAGUCUGAAAGACUCGAAGAAGAGCGACUAGCCCGUGAGAGGCUUGAGCAAGAGAAGCUCGAGCAGGUUUCUGAAGCGAGGAAACUCCUAGCGUUAAUGGAGGAAGAAAGACGUGCAGAAGAAGCCCAGGAAGAGAUCGAAGCUGCAGCAGUUGCCGAACGUGCUCAAAAAGAGAAGGACGAAAUCGAAGCUGCUGCCGCCGCCGAACGCGCUCGAAAAGAAAAGAAAGAACUUGAGGAAGAGCAAUUACGACGUGAAAAAGCGGCCCAGGCUCGAAUUGCAAGGAAAGCUCGAGCAGCAGCAGAGGUUCUCGUAGAGGAGCAAAGAUUGGCAGCAGAGAGGCAUGCUGAAGAUGGGUCACGUGAACAGGCCGAGAUACCAUUCAUCGCACGUCGAUCAAUGAUCGAGUCAGCACGUGCUCCGUCACCUCUUUCGGGAGUACCUGAUAUGCAAGAUCGUUCUCCGGUCUCUGAUCGACCAUUUCGAUCGUAUCGAUCUUUCGCGCCACAUGCACCGAAGCUUAGAACACACGAAGCGGGUCCAAACCAUGCGCCAAAGCCUUACGCUGUGGCACAGCUCAUUGAGGAUAAUAGACCUUCGGCACCGAGCCCGCCAAUGAGUAAAGUACGACCAAGAUAUGCUCCUACUUUCGAUACAGACGACGAUUCAGAUUCUGCUCUAGUACAAAACAGGAUAGCGUCGAGGCGUCCAUUUAGCGGUGAAGCACAUGAAGUGUCGCGGUCCCACUUGGGCCCACAUCAACCACGUAGCGCUUUUGCAUCCCGAGUGCCUGUUGAGCCCACCUAUCCGGCCCCUCCACCAAAUUAUCAUCCCAGCUACUAUGCCCCGCCAACCCAGCCGCCUCACCAGUACCCAAAUCAUGCAUACGGCAUGAGUCAGCAGGGUUAUCCCGCGCCUAACCCCAAUCCUUACGGCCCUUCGUCGCAUUCUUCCUCCCCUCCCUACCAGGAAUCAUGGAGCCAAUACCCACCCGGGUACCCUCCUUAUGGCAACUCAUCGCAACGACAGGACUCCUCGGGUUCUAGAGACUAUCAUUCACACGCUUUAGAGAGUCGACCUGCAAUCGAAAACGGGUCUGGUGACGCUUUCUCACGCAUCCCGCAGACCGAUCUGCACGUGCUACUUGCGCAUUACAAAGAGAAUCACAAUCAAUUACGUAUUAGGGAGGACUUGCUCCGUCGGCAGAGUGCUGAGCAAGAACAGCAACUGCGAGCAAAGGAUGGUGAGCUUGGUGAACUGAAGGACAAGAUUCGCAACUUGGAAGACAGGCAUUCUGCCGAAGCAAGCAGACUACAUUUUCAGAUUGGUAAUCUGGAAGAGCAAGUUAGAGAGCUUCGAGAGCUGAUUGCCGAAACCAAGAAAGCCAAAAGAGACGCUGAAGAGUCCAAAUUGGCAUUGAAUGCAGCUAUGAGGUCUUGGGAGGACAGGUACAGGGAGUUGGAAGAUGUGCAUCGCACCUUGGAGAGGACCUCUGCGGAAGAGAGGGAAAGGGCGUGGAGAGAUUUCGACGAGUGGAAGUCCGCCACAAUCACGAAACACGACGCCGAGAAGAUCGCCCUUGCUAUACAGUUCGACAAGAAGUUGAAGCAAGCUGGUCAAGAUGCCGAGAAUGCAUCUGAGCUGAGGUCUCAGCUCCAGCAAGCCCUUGAAGAGCGCGACAACUUACGGAAGCAACGAGAUGAAGCGGAAACGAGAGCCGAAGAGGAAGCAGCGAGGGCCAAUCAGUUGGUGAGAGAGAACGAUGAGCUAAUGAACCAAUACAAUCAACUCAAGGCCGAGAGUCAACAGGAGAAGGAGGUCAUCAGAAGUGUUGCCAACAACCUCGAGUCGGAGAAAUCCAGACUGGAGAAGAUGAUGGAAUGUUAUGGUGACAUUGCCGAAAUCAAGAGCAAGGGCGACAGCUACUACCUGGUAUCCUUUUCUCAGCUCCAAAGGCAAAUCAUCGACCUCGCUACAACCCAUUUCGUUCAUCUUCCAGUAAGGCCACCGCCGGAGGAUCUUUCUCAAGUACCGUCCAACCUACCAUCAUUCCUUGGCGAUAGCAUUGCCUCCAGGCAAGUUCGAGCUGCAUACAUCGCCCACACUGUAUCAAAGUUGAUCACGUUCCGUGUGUUCGGCCCGUUCUUGUUCAGUCUUGGUCGUCGGUACGACAAAGCUGAUUCCCUGUUUUCUUCAAUGAGCCACCACAUUCGCGAGAAGAGCACGCGCAAAGAAGCGAUCUGGCGACAACAAACACUCCUUGCUGCAUUCACCAGCACCGGCGCGAAGCAGCGCAUCAAUACUGCUGCGGGAACUGUUGUGGAGGAGAUUGUCAAUGCUAUCCGACACUUUGCUGAUCCGAAAGAGGAGGAGGGUAUCAAGAUUGCCGUGAAACGCAUUGUCAAGGUUGCUGCAGAGACAUGGAGGUUUGCUCGUCUCGAGCGCGAGAUGAUCACCGCUGUCAUGCCUGCGCUACAUGAUGAAGAACAUCAAUUCACCGGCAACCAAUUUUGGCCAGCUUACAAGGCAGAGACAGGUUCGGCGGACGAUAGCCUCCCUCCCACUGAUUCGCAACGACAGCUACUGCUUAGAAUCUUCCCGGUCGUCUAUCGCGAAUCGAAGCACGAGAUCUUCCAGAACAACGAAGAGCGCGACGAAGGCUGCAUUCUCCACCAUGGAUUGGCCCUGUAUGAUGAUGCAGAGCCAGUCGUGACGAGAAUGGAGGAGCUCAAAUCUGCUGGUUUGCCUUCCCAUACCACUGCAUUAACGAGUCCGACUGACGAGGGCAAGUUUCCGCCGCCGGCCUGCCCGCCGCCCCGCGACCCUAUACCACCUCCUCCGUCUCCACCCGCUCCCCGAUCUCCGACGAAGACCGAGACGAAUUCGGCUGAGGAAUCUUCCGCAUCACGCCCAAUGUCACCUAUCGCCGAGAAGCCAGAGAAGCCAAAGAAGCUCUCGGCCAUUGAGCGAGCAUUGAACCUCUUCUCUGCUCCUUUCCCGGACGACAAGCCAAAGCCUCCGCCUCCAGGCUCUACGUUCUCACGUCCACCGGCGCCUCCAACAUCCGUGUUCACGUCGCCUAGGAACUUUAUUGGUAUGCCAGUGGAGAGUCUGGCUCCCUCACACGCACCAAGUCCCAAGAAAAAGCCACCACCACCACCGCCGAAGCCAAAGCCCGAUAUUCCUUCAACGGCAGCAGAGAUUGCGGAAGCCAUACGCCAUCGUGCGUCCGUCGAAAGCGCGAUUCUGCCUCCGUCUUUUUCCCGCACCACAACGGGAGAAACGAUUCAAGAGGAUUCACGAGCUCCAACGCCGGUAGACACGGUAUCUCAUCUUUUUGAUGCCAUUGAUGAGAUUGAAACACUGGUGCCUCAACGCACGCGGACUACGUCAACCUCCACCACGCACUCACGACGUCGCUCCACGCACAAGCGUCGAUCUAGCGAACAUGCCAUGGAAGACGAGCUAUUUGAUAUCACUCCUCGGCCAGAAAUCAGUCGCAGGAAGAGCGGGUAUGCUGCGAGUAUCCGUACGACCAAGUCUGCCGAUACCGAGCGCACUGAUAGAAGUGAGCGCACCGACAAAAGUGAGCGCACUGAUAAGAGCGAGCGUACUGAAAAGAGUGAACGCACGGAAAAGAGUGAGCGCACUGAGAAGAGCAGCCGCAGCCAUCGAACGGAGAGGAGUGACCGCUCGGAUAAAACCGAGCGUGAAAAGGCUCGCUAUCUGUAUGAGACCCGCGGUGCUGCCAUGAAGGCUCUUUAUCCCAGUACUCCAAUAAAGGGUUCUCAUGGUAGCUCCAGGAACUCAGCCAGGAGUGAAAAGAGGGAGAGGAACAAGGAUAGAGGAAGCAAGGACUCUACCAAGGAAUCGACAUCAUCGAGGGAAUCAAGAGAAUCCCGAGAGUCGAAGAGAGACUCGCGAGAGGUCAGGAGACAGAGGAGCAUCUCCGAUGCUGGCACUUGGGAUACAAACAGCAUCAUGACUCAUGAUUUUGCACCUACCACUAUUACGAUGGAUGCACCCUAUCCUUCCUCGUACGACUCAAGACGAGACUCGAAAGAGUUGAAGAGAGAGUCGAGAGAGAUCAGACGUCAGAGGAGCAUCUCCGACGCUGGUACCUGGGAUACCAACACUGAGAUCUCUGCUGCUCGGCCCCCACCCACCACCGUAUCGACCAAUGUUCCUUAUCCGACAGGAAUGCCUUGGGAAUUGAAGCGGUCGAGAAGCAUUUCCGACUGCGGUACCUGGGAUACUAGUAGUGAAGUCACUCAACGUGCUCCUCCCACUACCGUAUCGACUAACGUCGCCUAUCCGAUGGAGAAGCAUAUGGACGCGUCGGAACGAUGGUCCAUGCCACCACCUCGUGACACAAGGGGAAUGGCUGUCUACGAUGACGACGAUGCUGUCUCCGAUACUGGGACUUGGGAUACGAAUACCGAGAUCAACACCCACCGCGCUCCCCCUACGACUGUCUCCACCAACGUACCAUACCCGACACAGAUGUCGCGAUAUCUGCAAAGACCAAGCGAUUCCGAUGAGGACGAGUCUGACGAUGGCGUAUCCGACACCGGGACUUGGGAUACGAAUACUGAGAUCACUACCCACCGCGCGCCUCCAACAACCGUAUCAACAAACGUACCCUACUCAAACGUGCUACCCCGCCAGCUGAGAAGGCUAAGCGGCAGCGAUGCCGGCACUUGGGACACCAGCAGUGAAGUGACGACAGUCACACACCGCCCCCCUCCCACGACCGUUUCAACCAACGUCCCCUAUCCAACCGGCCAAUUCAGCGAUCUCGCCCCCUCGAGCUACCCACCCGGUCCCUUUGAGCAGCUCAAGCGAGUCGAACAACUCAGGAAACAGCAUGAACACCAUAGCUUCUCCGACGACGGUUCCGACUCCGGUACCUGGGAUACGAGCAGCGAGAUUACUCAUGCGAACAAUGGGCCUGCAACGGCUGUCUCGCAAAACAAACCUUAUCACGACAGACCCAGAAACCUGAGAAGGCAGACGAGUCCUUCCGACGCGGGGACUUGGGACACAAACAGCGUGAUUACGGAUGUGAAGACGACUGUUUCGACGAAUGUGGGGUAUGCUGCUGAACGAAGGUCUCGAUAG